GUCAACGGGAAAGCUUUUCAGUUCGCGCUCGUAUCUCCGACGGAGAACUUGUGUCGUCCGACGUCACGGACUUCGUUUAACGUGGCCUCCUACGAAUUAAAGAAAAGAACAUUUCAUCCGCGUCCGCCGCGGCCUCUUUUUUUUACCCUUCGCGAAUUUUCGCUCGCGUUUGUGUUUUUUUCGGAGUGCUCUGGUUGGUUCAUAUUGAGUUUUUGGUUUGGUUUUCAAUUUUGCGGCAGCUCUUUGGAUUAAGUCUAAGGCCACGCGCUCGGAACCAUUCCGAUUGCCACAACCGCACGGGUGUGAAUGCUUUGGGAAGGAACACCUUGACACUUUGAGUGGCAAACGACGUCUCAGACUAUGUGACGGGCAGGCCCGAGACGAAAGUGAAAACUGUUAGUGAUGCUUAGAGGACUCCCCAGAGAGUAGCUGUCUGGGACACCCACGGCAAUGGCGCAAUGCUCUCCCCUUGGACUGUCACUUCCGGCGUUAAUAACGGUGGUGGUGCUGUUGGGGGUGGCCCGUGGCAAUCAAGACGGCGCCCUUCUGGAAGAUGCAGUGUCGACCGUCAAACCCACAUCCGAGCAGGACGAGUCGCUACUCCUCAACACUGACUUUCCGAUUUUCCUCACCGAACCUCAAAACGCUUACGUGGUGAAAAACCGUGCUGCCACACUCCAGUGUAAAGCUGCGCACGCGCUCCAAGUAUAUUUCAAGUGUAACGGCGUGAGGAAUGUGGCGGGCGAGGAGUUCCAAUUUGUCGAUCCGCAAACCGGGAUCAGGAUAAUGGAGGGUGAACUGAACGUUACCAGAGACAUGGUCGAAGAGUUUUUCGGCAAGGAGAAGUUCAAGUGUGAGUGUCACGCAUGGAGCGGCAAGGGGAGCAUCAAAAGUAUGGCCGCCACAGUCGAAGUUGCAUAUCUUAAGAAGCAAUUCGAGGUGACGCCUCCGGAAGUGCUGCGCGUGGAGAUGGGCCAGCACACGGAACUAAAGUGCGUGCCGCCUCAGGGCAUGCCACCUCCCAGAGUGUACUGGCUGAGGGGCGGGCAAGUUUUGCAGUCCGAUACCUCUGUCCUCGUAACCAGCGAGGGCCAACUUUUGAUAGGUCAGGCGAGGUCUCAGGAUACUGGGAAUUACACUUGCGUGGCGGAGAACAUCGCCGCCAAACGAAUGGCACCUACAUCUCAAAUCGUCGUGUACGUCAAUGGCGGUUGGUCACCUUGGUCCCCUUGGACGGAGUGUCGUUGUCCAGGCGACGUAUUGGCGACGGGGAAGAUGUGCACCAGGACGUGCAAUAACCCCGCGCCUAGCAACGGAGGUCUUCCUUGUCAAGGUUCGAGCGUCAAACGUACCAAGGACUGCAUCCCGUGUCCCCAAGAAGAAUUGGUGUUGGAUACCGCUUACGACUACGACAGUAUUGACUACGUCUACGUGGAACCAGCGCGUUGGUCCGCGUGGUCCGAUUGGUCCGAAUGCAAUGAGGACUGCACCAAAACGAGGAAGAGACAAUGCAUACCGGGAACCGGAAACGGAAGAAAGUCCUGCAGCGGAAAGGAAGUGCAGACGAAUCCGUGUUCGUCAGACCGUUGCAGGUCGAUGGAGCUGACCAGAGUCCGCGAAGCGAACAUUCAGAGUACCCAGAACGACAUACUGCUCUACAUAGGCCUCACCGUUGCUAUAUUCUUGGUCUGCUUGUUGUCAUUCUUCGUCGUCAGACUAUAUAGGAAGAAAGGUCAGCACCAAAGCUUGUACAGCAUGACCACAAACGACUACCACCCAGAAUUUUUUCCCGAACAGGACAAGAAGUCCUUGAGUUUGCAACCAGACUUGACGCAGACGGUACCCGCCUGUUACGAGUACCCUUACACCACCCCCGCCACGUCGAUAACCAAAUCGGCGUCGGAACAUCAUUAUGACGUUCCCCAUUUGGCUUCCGCUUCGGAUAUCCAAAUGUCACCCGCGACAAGCUCGACUCUGGAAUCGUCUAGCGGGAAACGGAGUCAAUUGAGCGGGUGCACCAAUCACUCGGAUUCUACGUACGAGGUAGCGACCGAUUCCGUAACUCUGCCGCUGUCCGCUUUGCCGGCCGCUUACGCGGUGACACCUACGACCAGCGGCAACUAUACCAGCGCAGCCGUGACUCACGCGGGCGCCUUCCUCAACCUCCCCGAGUCCGGAGUCAACCUCUUGGUCCCGGAAGGAGCGGUUUCCAGGAGUCGCAAACAAGAACUCUUCCUGUCGAUACUCAACGAGGACUGCUUCAGGCCUAAACUGGCCGAGCACCUGACUCAACUGAGUCCGGUGGUCUCGUGCGGCCCCAACGUCUCCCUUAACAAGGCGGUCAUCUUGAAACUACCCCACUGCGCGGAACUAACGAAGAACAACUGGUCGAUCAGCGUCUUGCAGAGCGACUGCAGCGACUCCCAGUGGCAGAACGCGGUAACCCUCGGCCAGGAAACGAUCAACACGAUCGUGUUUUGCCAAUUGGACAACGACGCCGCUUAUUUGGUCACCGAUUGCCUGUCGCGUUUCGUCAUCGUGGGCAGAUCCGUGAACGGCAACGCCAUCAAGAGACUGAAGCUGGCAGCGUUCGCGCCGAAACUCUGUUUCCAAACCACCGUCGAUUACUGUGUCAGGGUGUACAUCUUGGAAGACACCGACAGUUCCAUGGAAACCGUCUACGGGCAGGAAAGACGUCUGGGAGGGUACCUACUGGAUGAACCGAGAUCGAUGCUGUUUCAAGACGGUGGCAACAACCUUUGCAUGACGAUGGAAUCGGUAUGCGACGGUUGGAAAUCUAAACCGGGCUCAAACUACCAGGAGAUACCGUUCAUGCACGUGUGGCAAGCGAACAGCAACAGUCUCCAUUGCUCGUUCACCCUGGAAUCGUACGAGGUGAACCGGAAUCUGAGUUUUAAGCUGAAAGUGAACCAGAAAAACUUCGAGUACCACCAGGUGUUCGACAUCACGUGCAGAGACGACGUGUCCGAUUCCAAGACCAAGUUUAACCACAACGAACUAGUGCCAAAAAUAGCGUUGCAGCACGGUAGCGAGACGAGCCGAUCGAGCGAUUCGAAGAAGAGUGCCAAAAACUUGAUAGUGACAGAUAAGGGCGUGUCGACGUGCGACGACUUUACGUUUAGGUUAUGUAAGCAAAUUAGGAAGCAACUGUGCCACUGUCUCGACACUCCCGUACAAAGGGGCAACGACUGGAGAAUGUUGGCACACGCGUUAAACGUCGACCGGUAUAUAAACUUUUUCGCGACAAAACCCUCACCGACAGACUGUAUAUUGGACCUGUGGGAGUCUAGGAACAGGAACAGUAACGCCUUAACCGAACUUAAGCAGAUAUUUAGCGACAUGGAGAGGUACGACGCUGUGAAUAUUUUAGAAAAUUGUUUGGGACCCAACUGGUUGUAAAUCGUUAGAGACUGUAUUUCCCUUUGACUUUCACGAACGACGCCGAGUAUAACGAAACACACCGAAGCGGCCUAAAACAGGCACACGAGUACCGACAACGCAAUGAUUUACUUCUCGUUAACUGCCCAAGCUUACAAAUAGAUUAUAAUUGUGAAGCUAACCGAAGCGGUAAUACUAGUUUUACACUGACAAUAACUUCAUGAAGUGUAAGGGUUUAAUUCCUUGAUAAAUAUGGAGGUUAUGUUUUACUUUGUCAGUUGUUUUAAAACAGUUUUUAUUCAUAACAGUCCUUAGUUGGUUGAAAUGUUUAAGCCCCAGUCUAUUCCACAAAAUUCUAUAAGAAUUAGAAAAAUAUAUGCUGCCCUUGCUCUUAUUGUUGCUGGAAUUUUUUUUGUACCUAUGUAACAUCGAAAGAAGAUAAUUAAGAUAAAAAAAGAGGUUCAAUUUGGCCAAGAAGAGUUUACAAGUAGGGAUGAACAGUUUACAGUAGUUUUUGAGGAUAUCAAAUAAAUUACCGUACCGUGUGAAUGCUCAGAUCGAAAAAAUGAACAUAAAGUUUCGACGCGUGAGACUUCUAGGCAUAAGAUUUCUAGUCACAGGUGAAAAUACAUUAUACUGGGGGUCUCACACAAGGUGUUACCAAGAAAUUUGAAAUAGCAUAUUCUAUUUAUCUACUUGUAUUCUUAACAUGUAUUUAUGAUAAAGCCAAAUGCACUCUACUGGUAUAUGUAUUUAUAUAAUAUAUAUGUUACAGUUAAUGCGCAAACUUGAGUAGUUUGUAAACUAGCUGUGCAGUUUACAGUCUAACCAAACUGUUGGCUAUUUUAAUAGAAAACGCAUUUUCAUCCAACUUGGCUAAUUUAGUUGAAAUUAUUUAGAAAACUAUAUUACCUGGUUAGUUUAUAAACUAAUCGUUACAGUCUAGCUAAUAUAAAACCAUAAUUUAUAGUAAUACAAUAUAGCCGAACAUUAGGCUACUUUAGAAACUUACCAACCAUGGUUUAUGAUUUACAUACUAGCUGGAAUAGUUACCCACAAAAUGCUAACCUUUGUUUUAAAUUUGUUUAUUAUAUAAAAAUUUGUGUGUUUCUUAAAUUAUUGUAUAGCAGGUAGAAAGAUUGUUUAGAUAUAUGGCACAUCAACUAAGGCGCCAAACAAUUAAAAGUAUGAAGCUAGCACUAAUAAUAAUAAUAAUAAUAAUAAUUCGCUGUUACAGGUGUAUCCCAGAGCAAUGCUUUUAAUUUUUUUGUUCAUUCAAUGUUUUUUACACUGACGCCUUACAUAACCUUGUGAUGAACCUGAAACUAAUCAAAAGCACUACUAAUGCUUAUUUCUGUGUCUUUUUUGAAAUAAUCGGGAAACAAGAAAUUUUGCUUCCAAAAAUCAAUUCGUGAAAAUAUUUUUUCCCAAUUACUUCCCGACAAUCUUUUCUUAUCUUUUCUGUCCUUUGUUUGUUGUGUGUGUAAUGUGUAAUGUAAACAUAAAUCAUCUUCUUUGCACAUUGAGCAGCUCUGUAAGCUUGUACUGUUUUCUAUUUCUCCUAUUUUAUUUGGUCAUUAGAAGGACUAGUGCUGUUAAUAUAGGAAACUCCCAUUUGCAGUUUUUUCUUACCUUACUUUUUUCUUUUUUAACUGGCAUUUCUUACAUCCGUCAAUAAACAAUAUUACAAUUUAUUGAGAUAUAUUUGAACAUUUUUGAUUCAUUAGCUUUGUUGUAGCUUGUCUUUCACCGGGUCCAGUUGACUGAUGACAUUCUUUAAUAAUAUCAACCACAUCAUUCAUGCAAGCUGUUAUUUUGCCAGAAACUCGUUUUAAAUCAAAAUGCUUAUUCCAAUAAUAAUCAGAUUUUUGCAUAGUUGAUAGUCUAGUGACACGUAAGUUCAUUAAUCUUUCGACACCACUUUUGUAUAACUGCUGUCAUAAUGAAGUUUGGAAUGAUUUGCUUCUUUACAAUUCAGAUUUAAUAACGUAGCGUUAAAUGUUUCUUUGUGGUCCAUUUUAGUAUACUAAAAGUACGUUUAAAAUGUAAACAACACACCCUCAUAGUAUAAAAAAAAGAAAAGUACUAACAUAACCUAAAUUUAUUUCUCCAUUAGCCACAGAAUUGGUUGGAAAUGGUUUGGCUAUUUUGUAUUAUUAUAAAUUAUGGUUCUUAUGUUAGCUAGACUGCAACGGAUAGUUCAUAAAGUAACCAACUAAUACAGAUUUCUAGUAAAUUUAUAUUAAACAAACUCUUUAUUAGUUUAUAAAAUAGCCGAUAAUAGAGGUGAAAAAGCGUUUUCUAUUAAAAUAGUCAACAGCUUAGUUACCUUGUAAACUACACAGCUAGUUUACACACAAAUCAAGUUUACACGUUAGCCGCAACUUAUAUAAUACUUAGUACAAUCUAGGUAUAUUGUUGGAAUGUGCAUAAUGGUACGGAUCUUCUACAGGUGUUGUACUAAUCAAAACCUUAUUUAGAUGUUUUUAACAAAGUUUUGCCGAAAUAAAAGUUUUAGAUUUUCACUCACUAUUUGGAAUUGACUGACAUUUAAUUGGCAAUUUUAUCUCUGCUAGAUUGAGGUAUUUUGAAAAAUUGAAAAUAAUGAGUUUCUAUAAUUUAUUUAUUCUUGAAUAUAUUCAAUUCUUGCUAAAACUUACGUGGAUAAACUUUUCAUAUAGGAAAUGCUUGAUAGUCAUAUUUUAUUUGUAACAUUUGAAGCUAUUUUAAGUUUGUCGAAGUUUACUACUUUUUUGAAAUAAACAUCAAAACCUUCUUUGGAAGAAAAAUGUCUUUCAAAGCCGGACCGCGAACGUACACACGUCUUAUACAAAAUUGAAGUUACAACCAUCGACAAAUUAUAACCUAUUGGUUAGUUGCUAUGCCCUUUGAAUAUAGAUAAAGCAGAUCGGUUAUAUACUAUGGUUAUUUACUAGAAUUAUUUAUCCAAUUGAUUGUUAAUCAUAUAUAUUUUUUUAUUCAGCUUGAAGUUGUUUUGAGCGUCUUGUUUAGUAGUAGCUAAUAGCCGUGUUUUGAAAAUUUAUGGAAUUUGAAUCAUGAUAUAAUUUUAUUCGCUCCCAAAUGCAUUUCAUCUUGGAGGCUUUUCCACCCACGAUUUUUAACAUCACAUGAGACUUUUGUAAUGUAAUAAAAAAACUAAGUGCUAAAAAUCUACUCAAAGAAAUUUUCUUAGUAGAAUAUUUGGAAAAUAUUCCGAGUAUAUGAAUAGGUGGAAUAGAUUAUGUAUAAACUUUUUAGGGAUUUUUUCAGAAGUACUAUCAUUGCUGAUAAAAAAUAUUCGUUUCUUGUAUAUUAUGCGAAUAUACUUAGCGCGUUCUAAGACCUAUACACUGAAAAGUAUUUUAGCAGCAUAUGUGACGUAUACGUUAUAUGUUAUAUGGAAAUGUGAGACACCCGGUACACCUUUCGAAUAUCAGAGUCUCCUACUACCUAUUUGUAGCAAAAGUUGUAAUUAUGUUUUAUGUAAUUAUGUUUUUUGUAAUUAUGGUUUAUGGUAAAAAAAUGGUUACAUGCGUGGGAUUGACGUAAAAAGUUCGCUAAUUUAUUUGACUACUGUUUGAUAUCAAAGUGGUUCAUUGCACUUGUCAAAUUUGUUUGUUUGAACCAAUUUCAAGAAUUAAUUCAUGAAGAAAUUGUCACUGUAAGCCUAGUAUAAGUAAGGAGACGCUGUGCAAUCCAUUUAUUUAAUAACGAACUGUAUUUGUAUUAGAUGUAUAGUGGAGGGAACAAUCUUUCCUGCAUACCUAUAGUCACUUGUUAAGUAUAGGCACUAAACUGCGAACAUCUGCUUAAGGAAUGUACGAAGUUAUAAGCGGUACGAUAAAAAAAAGCAUUUAUAUACAUAUUAUACAUAUACACGUAGAGUUUUAUACAAAAAAAUCAAAAAUGUAGUUUUCUAGGUAUUUUAGAAAUGUUUUGUACAAAGC